AGGGCCGCAGCAUUGAUGUGACUCCGGUUGUCCUGGUCCGUUCGCUCGUGAGCUGCGAUGAACGUCUUCCGGAGGUGUUUUGCCGGGGGCCUUCCUCGCUUUUGGCAACCGCCCCCGCUUUCCGCGCCUGCUUGUGGUAAAAGAAUCGGCGCGCUGCUUUGCCGCACCUCGCUGGGCGGCCCCCCUCACUUCCCACUCGGGAAGGAACCGCGUGGACGCUGGGGAAAGACGGCGGUAGCGGUGUCGCCCGAGUUGAUGGAGCAGGAGGAGUUCGUCUUCCCCGAAUAUGUCCCUGAGGAGCUGCCCUUCGAUGAGGAGAAGCGGUUGGUGAAGGCAGCGGCGGUGCAGGAGCUGGAGCAGCAGCGGGCUAAGAGCGACAAGCAGCCGCAGCAGCGCCGAGAAGGACGCCACAAGGCGGCCCGGAGUCACCAAGCGGCGGGGGGAGCGGACCCUUCGGUGCGGUCCAGCGGAGUGAACUGCUCGGGAUGCGGCGCGGAGCUACACUGUCGGGAUCCGGCCGUGGUGGGGUAUGUGCCCAGCGAGAAAUAUCUGAGCCUGGUGGGGCCUGAAGGGCUCCUGCGAAGGAAAGAAGAUGAAGGAGAACCGAAGGAGGAAGCGGAGGGGAAGAAGGGCUGGAAGGACCCCGUCAGGAAGGCUCUGGAGGGAACUGUGUGCCAGCGCUGCUGGCUUCUGAUGCACCACCACCAAGCCCUCAAGGUGGAAAUGCCCCGGGAGGCAUACUACAAGGUGGUCAGCACCGCCUUAAAACGGCCUCUUCGUCAUGGACGCUCACACCUUGUGCUCUGCAUGGUAAAUAUGCUGGAUCUGCCUGAUUCAAUUUUGCCUGACCUGCCCAAGUUGGUGGGGACGGAUACCCACCUAUUUGUCCUAGGCAACAAGGUGGAUCUUCUGCCUGCUGACUCACCAAAGUACCUGAAGCACCUCCAGGAACUGCUGUUGAAGAAUUGUGCAGAUGCUGGCCUUGUGGAUUUGAGCCAGCCUUCAGGAACCCCAAACCAGCGUAUAAUUGAUAUACACCUCAUCAGUGCCAAGACAGGCUAUGGAAUAGAAACUCUGAUCUCCAAGUUGCAGCGGUCUUGGAAACUAAAUGGGGAUGUCUACCUUGUGGGAGCAGCCAACAGUGGAAAGUCUACUCUCUUUAAUACUCUCUUGCAUUCUGAUUAUUGCAAAUCCAAAGCUUCUGAGGUGAUCCACAGAGCAACCAUCUCACCUUUCCCUGGCACUACAUUGAACCUCCUGAAAUUUCCAAUUAUUAAUCCUACACCUUAUAGAGUACUCAGGAGGCAAGAAAGGCUAAAGGAAGAUUCAGAGAAAAGUGAAGAAGACCUCAGUAUAAAUGAACAACAGCAGCUGAAUAUUCUGAAAAAGCAAGGAUACUUAAUAGGAAGAAUUGGAAGAACCUUUAAACAAUUAGGAAAAAAUGAGAAAAAUAUUGAAAUUGAUUUUGAUGUUGAGGAAUUGUCUAUUAGCAUGGAGGAAGAACCCUCCACUCCACGCAAAGCUCAUACCCCGAAAAUUGAAUUGACAUACAACGAAGUGAAAGAUUGUCGUUGGUUUUAUGACACACCAGGAAUUAUAAAAGAUGAAUGUGUUUUAAAUCUCUUAACAGAAAAAGAAAUAAAAUGUGUUUUGCCAACCUUUGCCAUUGUUCCAAGGACAUUUAUACUUAAACCUGGAAUGACUCUAUUUUUGGGUGCAUUGGGACGUAUAGAUUAUUUACAGGGGAAUCAGUCCUCCUGGUUUUCUGUUGUGGCCUCUAAUUUGUUGCCGGUGCAUGUUACCUUCACAGAAAAAGCAGAUGCUGUCUAUCAAAAGCAUGCAGGUCAAACACUACUAAAGGUUCCAAUGGGAGGUGAAGAACGAAUGAAUGAAUUUCCACCACUUGUUCCUCAGGAAGUGAUUUUGGAAGGAAUUGGGAAGAAUGAAGCAAUAGCUGACAUAAAGCUCUCAUCUGCUGGCUGGGUUGCAGUUACGGCUCAUUCAAAUAACAAAAUGCAGUUAAGAUGCUAUACUCCUCAAGGAACACUGGUAACUAUACGUAAACCACCUAUGCUGCCAUACAUUGUUCAUUUGAAAGGGGAACGUGUGAAAGGAAGUUCAGCCUAUAGAACUAAAAGACCACCUUCCUUUGUGCAAAAUUUAAAAUCUAAUAUAAAUGAGAAAAAUAUAAAAUAUAAGGUUUUAUAAACAAUGGAAUCCCCAGUGUAAUUUUUUAAUCCCAAAACAGCAAAUAGUUAUUUGUUUAAAAAUAAAGACAUUAGUUUUCUUAUUGUUUUGUUUUGGUAAAUUGUCACUGCACAUUAAAGGUCAUAUUUACUUGCAACUUUGUGGUAUUGUACUGUUUUACACUGCGGUCUAUAGUAUUUCUUUUCUUUAAAGACCAGUAUUCUUUUCAGCUUUUUUCUAGUUUCUGUAGCCAAAUAUUGCCAGAAAAGAAAGAUGACCUCUUUCUCUUACAACUCCAACAAUACACCAAACUUUAGGAAACUUUUCUUCAGGGUUUAGAAUAUUUAUGUAUUGUACAUAAAUUAACUACAUCCGCUUAGUCCCAAGUAAUUAUUUUAUUACAAAUUAUUCCCAACCUUCCUUUAAAGAUAUAUUUUCAAAAUGUAGAUCACAUGUUAGUAUAAACAGCUGCAAAUAAUACAAUACAUAUUUUAAAACAAAUUGCUAAACUCUUUAAUAAGGUAGUUGUCAAUCACAGGGGACAGAGCCAUAUUAUUUGUGCAGGCUUAUAUGAUUGUCACUUGCUUUUCCCCCUUAUAUCUGAAUUUCCUUGAAAAGAGAGACUACGGGACUGAUCUAUGAAACUUUAGAUACUAGUAACUAUCUGUUAUUUUACAGAACUGAGAAACUCAGCUAAAUAAAUAAAUAUACUGUAUUUUGAGAUUCAGUUGCUUCCUAAUAUGCAAGACAUUUUGCCUUGCUACCAACUGCGAAAAGUAAUGAAUGUGGCUGCCAAGGUAAGUGUAUAUAUAUUCAGGCAACUUUCGUAUUAAAUCUAAUAAACUGCUUAAGGAAUGAAGCAAGGGGAAAUUUAUUGGAGAUGAGAUCCAAAAUAUGCCAAAAAUGUGCUAUUUCAUAUUUGAAUUAUUUUGCAAGUAUGGGACUUACUUAAAGAUAUUUACAUUAAUUCUUCACCAGGGUAGCAAAUACUGUGUAGAACGUUACUGUCAAUACCACAGGAAGGAUUUUCUACAAAUACAAUUAAUGCAGUUCUGACAAGGUUUUCAGAAGUGGUUGGCCAUUGUGUUCUUCCCAGUGCCGAGAGAGAGGCUGGCCCAAAAUCACUUAGUUGCCAUUGUAGCUAAUGUGAGAGUACUGAAGAACCAAGUUUCCUAGUUUCUGGCUUGAUGUCUUAGCCACAAACAAAAAACCCCAAAGUUGGCUAGGAGUUAGUAAAACAUGUUAAUUAGUGGGACAACUAAAGAAUUCUAAACCUAAUGCAAAAUCUUAUUUUUCCCAAACGUGAAUGAUGCUCUUCACACUCUACUGUUAUUGUAGUAGAGAAGGGAAACAUGCUUUACACCAGUGCAUAUGCUAGAUUAAUACAGAUCUCUUACAGUCUGUUUUAUGAGACAAUUGAUUCCUGAAUAUAUGUUUAAGUCAGACUCAACAUUCUCUUCUAUGUCAGGGCAGUGAUUCAGAAAACAGGCUGUGUAGAAAAACAGUUUUGGUUCAGUGUGGCCAAAUAACUGAGGUAUAACACAAUCUACGAGGGACACCGUGGCUCAGUGGCUAAGAUGCUGAGCUUGUUGAUCAGAAACGUCGGUAGUUUGGCAGUUCAAAUCCCUAGUGCCACAUAAUGGAGUGAGCUCCUGUUACUUGUUCAGCUGUGUGGAGAAUAUAACCAUUUCUCCUAUAAUAAUUGUAAAAAAAAUUAUCUUGGGCUGUUGGGGACGAUGUGGCAAAUCUGAG